AGCUAAAAAAACAGCGUGUCUUCAUGAUUGAUCGUGAACUUCCGGAGCUUUGACAGGAGAUUGAAGCUCUAACCAACUAUUAGUUUUAGAUUUGUGUGUUAUUCAACACUUUUAUUAUUAUUCUUUGGUGAUGUUUGUUUUCGUAACAUUAAAUGUGGGCUUUAUGUAAGGGAUGAAGUACAUUUCAGGUGGCUGUUCUCGAAGAAUAAUGCCUGACAGGCUUCUCGGCAGCCCGAUGCAAAUCAAAGGGCUGUUUUAUUAGACUCAAGGGAUUUACAUUAUCCCACUUAUUACAAGGCUUCUUGCCACCUAACAUAAAAAAUUUGACAAUAGACAUUGUUCUGAACUGUAAUAGUUUAUUAUUUCUUUGAUUAAAGGAAAAGCUUACAGAAGCGAAAAUGGCUGAACGGAGCAUACACAAACCUACAUAUUAUUCAGUCACAAAACACUCAAAAACAACAGCAUGACUGACAAGCAUAUAGGAUCUAAACAUAUUUGCUCACAGUAAAGAUGAUUCGAAGUACCCUGAUGAGAAUGUGCUGCUAUCUCAGAAUACUUCAUAAUGUUAUGACAGAACAGUCAGUAUCAAGUAUUUCUGACAGCUGUAUAAUAAAAGUUUACUUAUAAAUGUUGUUAUAUAGGGUAACGUGCCUAAUGUUAGCCACAACGGAAAAUAAAGGCAGGUGAUUGCAGGAAUUAAAGCAUGAAGCAUGGAAAAAUUGAAUACUGGUUUGCUGUGCUCUCGAAGACAAACCUUUAGAAAAUGCUUGUGAUGUAGUGCUAUCUGAAUAUGAAAAAAGGCGUGUCUAAAAUCCAUGGACAUAAGCCAGUCCCUUGCAGGGUGAAUUUUUUAACAAGGAUCUGUUUUAGUGUUAAGACAUUGCCUUAUUACAUGUAUCAUAUUUUCCUUAGUUUGUGUUGCAAUAGCCCUGCAGUGAUUUAUUAGGAAGUCUAAUGUGCUGAAAGGCGUGGUUAGGAGGAGCACACAAAAGGCGAACAGAUAAAGACGUGUAAGAAACUGUCUUUACUCGGUUUGUAAAGAAUAUCUAUAAACAGACUACAAGUCAAGGACAUAGUAAGUGUUGGAAACUCAGAAGUAAACAGACCAGCAGACUCUGGAUGUAACUUCAAAAGGAUAUGGAUGAAGAGUCUGAAUCAGCAUCUGAAGGUGAACUGACAAGUAGCACUGAAUCUGACAGUCUGAGUGAGGGCAACAGAAAAAACAAAAGGAAAAGGGCAUGGAGACAAACGGUAUCCAGUAAUCUUACAAGAGAAUCAAAGCUGAAUGUCACAUGUGGCGAUAAAAAAGGCAUCCUGAAUCUGGAGAAGUAUUAUGACAUGCAGGAGUGUAUCUUUAGUGAAGGCCGGUGGUUUACGCCUGGUGACUUUGAGAAGUUUGGAGGAGGAGAAAAAAGCAAGAAGUGGAAAUACAGCAUCCGAUAUAAUGGACUUCCACUCCAGAAACUCAUUGAUAUCAACUCUGCUGAAUUUCCACCUGUUGCUGACGAGCUCAGGAAAAGGAAGAUCGACUCUCCUGAAUCCUCCCUUGUCACUUACAGACCUAGAAAAAGGAAGUGCAAACAACAACGGUACUCCAGCUCUGAAUCAGAGAGGACAAAAAGUGAUGGUGAAGAUGAUGACAGUGACAACAGUGUUCUUAAUGUUUUUGACUUUGGUGAUGAUGAUGAUGAUGGCAUUGAAAGGUCACUGGAUGUUACCUGCGGUUCUGCCUCUGUGUCAGACUCUGACUCUUGUGUCCUACACAAACGACGUUUUGCCAGAGUAAUUUAUUCAGAGAGCAGCAUGGAAUCUGACAGCGAUAGCUAUGAUGAAAUGGAAGGUGGACGAAGGAAAAUGCCUGAACGAUUGUGCAAAAAGGGACCUGCCAAGGAAGUGUCGUUCCUGUCUGGGUUUGAAUCAGAAAUUUGUCCAGACAGCAGCAUGGCAUCUGACAGUGAGAAUUAUGAAAAAUAUGAAGAAAGGGAAGAUGAAAGAAGCAAAGUGGCAGAUCGAUUGAGCAAGAAGGGACCAUCUAGAGACUACAGGCCGAACCAUAAAAGAGCUAAAAACCAACUUCCUGUCACUUGUGGGGAAAAGGAAGGCAUCCUGUGUUUGCGCAAAUAUAAUAAUGUGCAGCCAUGCAUCUUAAGUGAGGGCCAGUGGUUCACGCCCUCUGAGUUUGAGAGGUUUGGAAAGAAGGAGAGGAACAAAAAGUGGAAGAUCAGCAUCUUUUAUCAUAAAAUUCCACUUCAGACAUUCAUAGAGGAUGGGCUUCUUUCAUCUCAACAGUUUCAUCACAAGAAAAGCCGGGUUCAGACUGAAAAUGAACAGGGCGGGAGAGAGCUGUCCUCCUCUGACUCUGAUUCUGAACACUCCACUGAUGCUCCAGAGCCUGCUGGAUCUUCUGACAUAGAGGAGGCUGAUCAGACUAGUGAAGAACAAGAAGCAGCAGCAGCAGAUCCAAUGAGUGAAUGCCAGAACCCUAUAGAUUUACAAGAGACUCCAAAAACAGACCAGAUGCAGUUAAUUGAACUUCUGGCUAAACGGUUUAAUACUAUGAACAAUGCCCUAAAAUCAGUAGAUUCGUCUAUAAAGACGUUUAUGAAAAAAUAAAUUUAAGACAUUUCUGUUCCGUUCCAUACGUAGUAUGCAUUUUUUUCAAGCUCCUAGUUGUAUAAACGCGAAUGCUUAUGUUACUGCUGUUGCUUGUGUCCUGACUUCACUUACUGUUUGUUUCCUGGAGUCUGGUAGGUUUGCCUGAACCAUCAAGCUUUAUUGUUUUAAUUUCAUUUUCUAUCUUGUUUAGUUUGUCUUUAUUAUACUUUAUUUGUAUUUUUUUUCUUUGUGUUUAUGUUUGUUAAGUUAACGUUGAAUAUUUGUUGGAGAAUGGGUUUUUUGAUUCUUUAUUUGUUCUUGUUUAGUUAUGUGUUUUAUUAUAAUAAAUGUAUUUGUUUUGCUGAAA